UUUUGGUGCUUUGGAUACAAAGAUAGUAUGGUGCCUCAAUUGAAGGAUCUUGGAUUAGGAUGAGAAAAAGGUAAACUGAUCAUGUAAUGGCAUAAGCAAGUAGGUACCAUGUAACGGUGUAAACAAAAAUUUAUGUUAGAUAGUCAUUUCCCACAGAGAGAUUUAAUACUGUAUAGUACGGGGCCCAUCCGACUCUCUUCAAAGAAAAUGGUGCUCAAAAUGGGCUUGGGAGAAUGAGGAAGAGUUUGUGAAUCAUUCUAAGGGAAAACUGAAUAAGUAAAUGCAACAUUUUACAUAAUUUCUUCUGACUUCUUAUGUGUUCACUUGCCCUAGACUGCCCCUCUUCUUUGGGGCUUAUUUCUGUGCGUUUUACCACUUGCAAGAUAAUGGAGGCAGGUUGAAAUGGGAAAGAUACCAGAUGACUAAUUUUUUUCCCCCACAUUUCCAUCUUUUGUUAAGAAAUUUGAAGUUGAUUGCUACACUGAAGUAUGUAGUUUUGUUUUUGUUUUUUUUUUGUGAGUCUUUAACCAUUUGUGUCCCUGUUAACUUAUAAUUGAUGAGUUUAUUUUGUAUUUAUUUUUAGGCAGGGUAAAAAAUAGUAAUAUGUCUCAUAAAUAAUAUAUGUUCCUAUUACUAGUUUUGGUGGGAUUUAAAAACUUUAUAAUAAUCCUCAAUAUAGAAACCUGCCCCUUUAACCAUAUUACUAUUUGCUUUAAAAAAAAAUCUUUAGGUUUUGUUUCAAAAAUGCUUCACAAUUUAUUUUUGAAAAUAUAAGGAACGAAAUUCUAACUUUCUAAUUUGAAUGGAAGGAUGAGUUCGUAGCACACGAGGCACUAAAUUGAGUAAUGUAGAUUUUAUUAUUUUUAAUGAAUCUUUUGUUUAAUAUUUUGCAGGUUCAAUUUGUUUACUUGUGAUGUACAGAGAGUUUUUUAUACCUUCCCAGCUUAUAUUUGAAUAUUCCUUUUCAAGGUUUUAUAAAGAGAUUUCUCUCCUUUACCCCUUUCAGCGAUGUGCAUUUUGUAAGCACUUUGGGGCCACUAUCAAAUGCUGUGAAGAGAAACGUACCCAGAUGUAUCAUUAUCCUUGUGCUGCAGGAGCCGGCUCCUUUCAGGAUUUCAGUCACAUCUUCCUGCUUUGUCCAGAACACAUUGACCAAGCUCCUGAAAGAUCGAAGGAAGAUGCAAACUGUGCAGUGUGCGACAGCCCGGGAGACCUCUUAGAUCAGUUCUUUUGUAUUACUUGUGGUCAGCACUAUCAUGGAAUGUGCCUGGAUAUAGCGGUUACUCCAUUAAAACGUGCAGGUUGGCAAUGUCCUGAGUGCAAAGUGUGCCAUAACUGCAAACAAUCGGGAGAAGAUAGCAAGAUGCUAGUGUGUGACACGUGUGACAAAGGGUAUCAUACUUUUUGUCUUCAACGAAUUAUGAAAUCUGUACCAACCAAUGGCUGGAAAUGCAAAUAUCAUCCCAACAUACAGUGAAUACCGAAUUGGAAAAACAGAUUUCUAAUGAGGUUGAUAGUGAAGAAAUGAAAAUGUCUUCUGAAGUGAAGCAUAUUUGUGGUGAAGAUCAAAUUGAAGAUAAAAUGGAAGUGACAGAAAACAUUGAAGUCGUUACACACCAGAUCACUGUGAAGCAAGAGCAACUGCAGUUGUUAGAGGAACCUAAAACAGUGGUAUCCAAAGAAGAAUCAAGGCCUCCAAAAUUAGUCAUUGAAUCUGUCACUCUUCCACUAGAAACCUUAGUGUCCCCACAUGAGGAAAGCACUUCAUUAUGUCCUGAGGAACAGUUGGUUAUAGAAAGGCUACAAGGAGAAAAGGAACAGAAAGAAAAUUCUGAACUUUCUACUGGAUUGAUGGACUCUGAAAUGACUCCUAAAAUUGAGGGUUGUUUGAAAGAUGUUUCAUACCAAGGAGGCAAAUCUAUAAAGUUAUCAUCUGAGACAGAGUCAUCAUUUUCAUCAUCAGCAGACAUAAGCAAGGCAGAUGUGUCUUCCUCCCCAACACCUUCUUCAGACUUGCCUUCACAUGACAUGCUGCAUAAUUACACUUCAGCUCUUAGUUCCUCUGCUGGAAACAUCAUGCCAACAACUUACAUCUCAGUCACUCCAAAAAUUGGCAUGGGUAAACCAGCUAUUACUAAGAGAACAUUUUCUCCUGGUAGACCUCGGUCCAAACAGGUAGGGUGAUUUUAAUGAUGUUGACAGAAAAGACAUUGGAACAAUUCUAUAAAAUCAGAAGGUAUAUGUGUAGUUUUGGUGUGGAUGGCAACUUUUUCUGUCUUCAGAUAGAACUUCAGUGUAAUGUUGAUUAUGUGUUUCAGCCAUUAUUUUUUAAAAGCUGUUAAUGAAGAAUGCCAUUUAUUAAAUUUGAAGGGAUCUUAUUUGGAAUUUCAACUCAGUUGGGCCAUAAAGAUUCAACCUAUUGAUAAUAGUUUCUAAUAGAAGGAACUUUAAAAAUUCUUUUAGUUCUGUGCCGCAGUAAAUAUAGAGCCUAAAAUACAUAUAGUUUUGGGUAUACAUAACUAACAUCUAUUAUUUCCUUCUAAUACAUUUAUUUAUUGAUAUUAUUCAUUGUAUAUAUUUUUAACUGGAUAAACAUCAACACUUAUGACAGGAAUUUUCCAUGCUGGGGAAUUUCUCAUUUUGGUGUUUUUAUUAAUUGCUAACUCUUGUGGGAUUUCUUUUUUCAAGUAGGACUUAUUUCAAUAGUUUCAUGGAAAAAAUCUUAGAAUUGUACUAUUGAUUUUCAGUAAGUAAAGAUAAAUCUUCCUGUGUGUGCUUUACAUCAUGUACAUUCUACCCUUUAAGAAUGAGUUCCAUUUCUUUUUAAGUGAGAUUUAAAUAAAACUGCAUGGCAAAAUGAGGAUACUAUAGGUAUGAAUUAUUUAUUGUUUUACAAAUUUGCUACUUUCUGAAGUGUUUUUUAAAAUUGCAAGAUAAAUAGUGGA